CACACGCCCGCAGGCCCGGGGUGUGUGCGCGCGUGUGACUGCAGCGCGUGCACACGCCGGCCCCGGGCUCCCGCGGGGUCCUCCCGCACGCACGCGGGCCGGGGACCUCCCGCCCGCCCGGCUCCUUCCUCGGGCGCGGCCGCGCGCAGGCCCCCGCGGGUGCCCGGGGCGAGCAUGCCCAGUGGAAGCCGCCGGGCGGCUCGGGUCUAGGGCUGCAGUGAGUGGCCUGCGGGAUCCCCAGAGACCCUAGAGAGCAGAGCCGAGGCUUUGUGUGCAGACGGAGGCGGCCUGGACGCCGCGCCCGGAGCCCGGCAGGGCGAUGCUAGCCUGCCUGGGCCGGGGGGGCUCGCUCGACUUCCUGCCCGAGGGCUUCAACGAGCACCAGUUGCAGGCGUACGUGGCCUGGGUGAAUGCACAGCUGCGGAAGCGGCCAGCGGCGAGGCCUGUGCAGGACCUGCAGCAAGACCUCCGUGACGGGGUGACCCUGGCUUACCUCGUCGAGAUUGUCGCAGGAGAAAAGCUGAGUGGGGUACAGCUGAGUCCCAGUAACCAACAGGAGAUGAAGAAUAAUGUGGAGAAAGUGCUCCAGUUUGUGGCCUCCAGAAAGAUUCGGAUGCACCAGACUUCAGCUAAAGAUAUCGUGGAAGGAAACCUGAAGUCCAUCAUGAGGCUGGUCCUUGCCCUGGCAGCUCAUUUCAGACCUGGAUCCAGCAGGACAGUGAGCCGAGGACAGGACUCCAGGGCCUCUCUGCAGAGUCACCAGCCAUACCGUACCACUGCUGUGGCCCAGGAGGCAGCCGCUGCUUUAGCUGGCGUGCGUCAUGACAUGUCACAGCCCAGACGGGAUGUCUCUCGGUAUAGACAGAGGAGCAGUAGCACGGACGAGGAGACGGAGAGCCCGUACCGGACUGUGCGGGCCCUGGUGCGGCAGUACGAAGGGCAGCAGAGGUCCCCGUCGGCGUCCAGCCGCUCCAGCCUGACUUCACCCAGUCCCAUGCACAGCGCAAAGAGUGAAUCCAUUAUAACCCAGUCGGAGGAAAAGGCAGAUUUUGUGAUCACUCCUUCUGGAGGAAUAGAGAACAGAACAGAGGAGACGGCCUCUCCCUUGUCCCGAGACUGGCGAGACUGGCGACCAGGCGGUUCCAGCGCCCAUCUGGAGACUCCAUGGGAAGAGCAGCUGAUGGAACAACAAGAGCAUUUAGGAAAAGAAAUGGAGGAAACAAAGAAAAUGAUAUCAGGAUUACAGGCCUUGCUGCUCAAUGGAUCCUUACCUGAAGAUGAGCAGGAGAGGCCCUCGGCCCUCUGUGAACCAGGAGUCACUCCUGAGGAACAGCUGGUUAUAAUCCAAAGUCUUCUGGAUCAGAGUACGGAGGAGAAUCAGGACCUAAAGAAGGAGCUGCUGAAAUGGAAACAAGAGGCCAGGAACUUACAGGGGAUGAAGGAUGCCUUGCAGCAGAGGUUGACUCAGCAGGACACGUCUGUUCUUCAGCUCAAACAAGAACUACUGAGGGCAAAUAUGGACAAAGAUGAGUGGCACAACCAGAAUGUGGAUCUGCAGGGGGAGCUGGAGGAGAGGAACCGGCUUCUGGGAGAGUAUAAGAAACAGCUGGGACAGAAGGACCGCCUCCUGCAGCAGCACCAAGCCAAGCUGGACGAAGCGCUCCGGAAACUCUCUGAGGCCAGUUACCAGCAGGUGGAUCUGGAGCGGGAGCUGGAGCACAGAGACGUCCUCCUGGCCCGCUGUAUGAGAAGGGAGGCUGACGAGGCACCCGGCUACAGCAGCCACAGCCCUCAAAGCAAUGGUUUCCUUCCAGUGGCGGGAAGAGGGGCUGCUCCGGCCACCUGCAGAGGGACCAGCGACCUGCAGCUGGUUCGGGACACCCUCCGCAGUCUGCGCGACAGCUUCAGUGGCCAUGAUCCUCAGCAUCACACCAUCGACAGCUUGGAGCAGGGCAUCUCCAGCCUUCUGGAGCGCCUGCACAUCAUGGAGACCCAGAAGAAACAAGAAAGAAGGGGUCGAGGCAAGUCACCCAGAACUCAAGCAGGUCGUGAAUACCGGGAGUCCUGGCCCCCUAACUCAAAGCUGCCUCACGCCCCAAGCUCUCCAGCUGUCAGCAGCGCCUGCACGAAAGUGCUCUAUUUCACUGACCGGUCACUUACGCCCUUCAUGGUCAAUAUACCAAAGAGGUUGGGGGAGGUGACACUGAAAGACUUUAAAGCAGCUAUUGACCGGGAAGGGAGUCACCGGUAUCACUUCAAAGCGUUGGAUCCUGAGUUUGGCACUGUCAAAGAGGAGGUUUUCCACGAUGAUGAUGCCAUCCCUGGAUGGGAAGGAAAAAUUGUAGCCUGGGUGGAAGAAGACCAUGGAGAGAAUUAAUGCCGAGUAUUACACCUGGGGCUUGUGGGACUUAAUACUCCCUGGCUGCUUCACUCAGGAAAGAGGACAAACCAGAAUACACUGAGAAGUCUCUAGUUCCAGCUGCCAAAACAGAAGCUUCUCCAGCUCUGACAGCCACAGGCCAGUCCUGUUUCCGUACCUGGCAUUUGUGAUACUUAAAAUCUCUGUCCAAAUGUAGACCAUGGGUUCAUCUGGAGUUGCUUGUCCAUGGGAACAUGGUGUUUUAUUCUCCUCUGCAGACAACGAACCGAAGGCCUUAACCAAUGGGGAUGGAUGACCCCACUCCUACAGAGGCAUGGCUGCUAUAUCUGGAACCUGGAAAUUGGAUGCAUCACGACAGUAUUUGUUUAAUUGGCCUCAACAGCUGCAGCGAUCAGUCCCAGCAUUUGCAAUCACAGGCAAAGGUUCUGGCCGUGUGCUUCCUCGCAGCUGUUACAACCCAGGAAUAACUCACGAGGCGGUCCCGAAGACGAAGGCUUGCUCCUCGGGAACCCUGGACUGCACAUGGGUGGUGCUGAGUUGGUUGCUGGAGGACUGCCCGGGCUGUGCUAGAACCGUGACCACAUAGGCCUCAGGCUGCCUUUUGUGUCUUAACUGGUCCUGCAGCUUGUCCUGUAGCCUAUUGAGGGCGUAUUUCAUGUACUGCUCGUUCUCUCUGGGGACUCGUUCACUUUAGAGCCACCUUUUCUUCCUUCCAACUGAUGAACUUUGUGUUUGAAAGAUGUAAGGAGUGGAAGUCUCCUUAUAAACCCAGGCGGGUGUGGAAAGGUGCUCCGACCCGUAUCUUCUUGGCCGUCUUUUCCCCAUGACUUUCUUUAGCUCAUGGCGUCUCCACUGCUGUCACAAGGAGGCCAUUAAUUCCAGUAUUUGUGACUUAUGAGUACUGAGCAUGGUCUGCCCUUCUUCAUUUCAAGGCCAGAGCCAUUUUCUGUUAUACAACUAGUCUAGGCUGAUUCUUUAGGGCACAAUAGAAAUCAUGAGCAUGGAAUAAAUGGCAGGGUUGAUUCUGGGUGAAAAAACCUAGAAUCCUUUCUCAUGUGCAACAUUGUCAAGUGUAGAAACUGGAAGAGUUAAACUUCCACAGAUUACUUAAUAAUUUGGGUUUUCUCCUUCACUCACCAGGUACCAUUAACCAAGCAGCAAUUAAUAAAUCUUUGUAUCUGUACAUAGAUACAUAUAUAUUCCCAAAAGCAGUCCGCCUGCGACCAAUGCACACUGCCAAGCAGGAGUCAGAUCAGUUCUGGGUUCCUGAGCUGUCUGUUUCUAGUUCAUUUCCCCUUUUCAGUCAUCUCAACAGACAACUUGCUGGAGCUCUGAAAUUGACCUUUUGUUGUUUCUAUAGAUGUGUCUUUUUAACUAGUUCAUAUUUGGAGAAUUAUUUUGUACGCAUUUGCUUUUUGUCUAAGAACCAUGUCUAUUUUUAUAACGAGUAAGUUCUGUCCAUCCUCACAUUCCAGAUCUGUGUCGGUUUUCUAGAGAACCCCGGAGCUUUUACACAGGCUCCUCUCUUCUUACCAGCCCUUGUCGUUUCAGAACAAGCUUUAUUUUGUUACAAGUAUUUUCAUGACAACUAACUCCUGUUUCAGUUCUACCUGCCAUGUUAGCUGUGGAGGUAGUUUUAUGUGAUCUACUUGCUCCUCUCACAACAGGAGCUCAAAACACCUGAUGUCUUUCGUGCAAGUUUACCUGGUCUCCUACUGAAGAAUGAUUGCUCAUCAGAAAUUGCUGGGAAAGUUUUGGAAGCUGAGUCUAAAGCAAGAAUAAUUCAUUAUGAAAGCAAAGAGAAGAAGAAAAAUAUAUGGUGUUUCCCCCUGACCCCACCCCCACCCCCCACCAGGAAGUCUGGAGAAAAAGUCCUCUGUCAUGUUUCUCUGUUGCAUGAAUUUCAGUAUUUUGCUAUAUUAAACAGCAUGAGGUUCCUCAGGCCAAAUUUUGUUAUAGUAUUUCCAGUACAGUUUAUCUUGAAUGUCUGCCUCUUAAAUCAGUUUUUACUUAUCAGUUUCUUACAGAAACCAUUCUUACCAUUAUGUAGAAUUUAACUUUCCAGGGAAAAUUAAAUCAGAGAAGAUGUUCAAAGUCCUCUGCCGUAGUCUUUUCUCUCCAUGUCCUUUGGAAAAGGGGCUGCGUGGUUUCUCCACAGGAAGCUGAAGUUGGGCUCAGGGGAGAAAAGGAGAUACUCUCAUGUGCCAUGGGUAAUAGGUAAGCACCCAUUACAAGAUGUCACCCCUAUAGUUCUUGUGUAAAUGUGAUAAUCCUUAUUCCAGUUUCUGAAGACGAGGAGCCUUGUAAGGAAGUGUGCACGGGUACGUUCUGGCUGGAAUAGUUCCAGUCUGACACGCGGAGCUGUGCUGCCAUGCCUCAGACCUACCUGCUCACACUGCCCCUGAUGGCCCUGGUGUGGGGUUGUCCAUCCUGCUACUGCUCAAACACUGUCUUUGAGAAAACUAAGGAACUAAGAUGUUUAGGGUCCCUAAAAUAAUCUCUGAACCCGGUCAGAUUAAAAAAAAAAAAAAGAUCCUCUCACAAAAACUAGUUUAGUAUAUAGCUCAAUUCCUUUAAAAAGUCUCCAUUUAAAAGCUGAAGACUCUACUCAGUCCCCUAAAUUAGCUGGAAUUGGAACUCCCUACAGUAAGUGCCUAAAGAAGUUGGGUUGAAUUUCCUUGGUAAUGGCCAUCCUUCCUAGGGACCAAUUUCUCAGCUGUUUUGGACCAGGAUGGUUGUAAAUUGGGGAAAAUAUCUUUAUGCUCUACAUCCAAUCCAGGGGGACUCUAGUUACUUAGAGGUAUUUGGGUCAUAAUUAUAAUUUCCAUUUUCUUCAUAAAAUAAGCAUUAUUAUUGCACACUUUAUUGUCUGAAUUUAAGAGUAUAGCUUGCUCAAUUACAUAUGUAAAGUUUUAUUUUCUUAGAAACAUGGAUCUUUGCAACCAUUGCUUUCAAGGUUGUUAUUAAAUGUAUUCUCCUGUUUUACAGUGUUUUCAUGAAGGCCAUGUUAUGCCAGAGGCUUCUGAUUAUCAAAGUGAUAACCAGUUUUAAUUGCCUGUAUGUACCAGAUCUGUGAAUAAAAUUUUUAAAAACUAUGAAAAAAAUGGGAGUUUGCAAACUAAAUACCAUUAAUCAUUUUGUGUUUAUGGACUGAACUUGAUCAAUAAAACCAUUCAUACUUACUGUAAGUAAAUUUCCUCAAGUGA